UCUCCGCUCGACUCUGGGCUUUGAAAUUCAAUUCGAAAAAUGAAAUUCAAGAAUCAAAAGAAACACCGUCCGCUCGACCCAAUUAAACAAGCUCUACGAAAAUUUGCACGUGUUCUUGGCAAAGCCUUUUUAUACCUGGGCACUCCUCCUUUGUGUCCAAUCCACCAGUCGAGCGCCCUGACUCUGAUCCACUGCCACUAUCUGGGUGUCUGCCCGAUCUGCACCCGGAGUUCCUUUUCCGGAUACGUUACACCAUGUUUGAGUCCGUACUCUUCGUACUGCGACAAUUCUACAGCUUCGUCUGUCCCAUGCAAAUCUUCUAUGAAAUCGAGGAAACCGAACAAGUUGGGAACCAAGAGGAGUGGAAUAUCUGGAAGGAGCUUUGAGAUUCGACGGCAUGACAACCAAACCAAUUGAUUAAUGGCUGGUAGAGCGGAAGCUGUUUGCAAUAAAGAGAUCUCUCGUUUUCCCACUUGAGCCACCAUGGUUACUCGACUCCGAUUCGCACAUAAUUUUCGCAUAAAUUGUCAAAUAAUUUAAAGCCCUGUCAUUGAGCAAGAGUCAAGGUAACCUAA